GGCCGCCAUUUGUCAUUUUUUGGCAUGCGCGUUGGGGAGUGCUACGAAAAUUGUGCUCGGGAGUGUUUUUCUAAUAGUAAGCGAAUUCAAUACUGUGAAUUGUGAUAAAAUUCAGUUGCUGUGUUUAUUUGUGUCUUGUUUCAUAUUGUGAUUGUGUAUUAAUUUUAUCACAAUGAAUAAAACUUGCGCAAGAUGCGAGAAAACAGUAUAUCCUACGGAGGAACUGAAAUGUUUGGACAAGGUGUGGCACAAAGGUUGCUUCAAAUGUCAGGAGUGCGGUAUGACGCUCAACAUGCGCACCUACAAGGGCUACGGGAAGCUGCCCUACUGCGAAGCACACGUGCCGAAAGCGAAACCCACUACAAUGGCAGAGACGCCCGAACUGAAACGAAUAGCCGAAAACACUAAACUACAGAGCAACGUCAAAUAUCACGCCGACUUCGAGAGGAGUAAGGGCAAGUUUACACAGGUUGCGGAUGACCCAGAAACACUAAGGAUCAAAGCGAAUACGAAAAUAAUUAGUAAUGUGGCGUAUCACGGCGAUUUGGAGAAGAAAGCGCAAAUGGAGAAGCAGCGGCAGAUCAAUGAAAACGGAGAACUUGUCGAUGUCGCCACUAACGACAACUAUCACCAACAAAUCGAGAACUACGCCACGGAAAUGCUACCGCCGCCAAACAUGGCCGCUGCUCCCCACUUACCACCCAAGAACCAUUACCAGACUCCAACGCCGCAGCCCCAGGUCCAAGCCGUCCAGCAAACCAGGCAGUACCAAUCCGAGCAGCAGUACAGACAGCAGAAAUACGAGGACUAUGCGCACCAGCAACAGAAAUACGACGACUAUCAGAACCAAUACGCUUACGGACAGUACCAACAACCGAACUACGGCCUAAACAAUCAGCAGAAGAUCGGCAGAAUUCAGGAUUACGAUCCACUCAGCGACGGCCCAAGAGCACCCCCCAACAUACAACACGCCUCAGCUACUGUCAUUUACAAUAGCACAAGGGAUGGAAAGCAAAGAGGUGCCCACCAAGCGCAGCAGCAGCAACAACAGAGUCGACAGAUAGGUCGGGUCACCGACCUGGACCCGUUGGCCUCCGAGCAACCGCGACCCACGAACAACCACCACCACGCCACCAACCAGCGAGUGUACAUAGCGAUGUAUGACUACGAAGCCAACGAUAGUGACGAAGUUUCAUUCCGCGAGGGCGACUACAUCUCGAACGUGACGUCCAUCGACGAGGGCUGGAUGACGGGCGAGGUGCUGCGCACCGGGCGCACCGGCAUGCUGCCCGCCAACUACGUCGAGCUGGCGCCCGCCCAGCCCGCCCACCACUACGCGAACUGACCCUAGGGCUUACGUAACCCUCAUCUACACCACUACAACUGAACAUGGACUAUUUCAUAUGUCAAUAAACACAUCUCGAUACAUUUACAAACACUGCUAUUUUUCAUAACAAUUCAAUCUCACAGCAUUUUUCAAUAGUAAAUUACUAUCCUUGCUGUGUAAUUAUUUGUAGUAUUCUACGCAUUCAAAGAAAUUUUAAAGGUCUGCACUCUGCACUGCUGAAAGAACAAUGGCAGACUUUCAUACAUAAAUUUAGUUGAGAAGAAAUGGUAGCGUCUAUAUAUCAAAAAUAUCUUAAAAUAUUAAGCGUAUGUCCCUGAGUAACUUUGUCAGAAAAAUUUGCCCUGAGAAUGCGUCAAAAAAAAAGAUAUUUAGAUUUGAAUCUUUUUAGGUUAUGUCUUAUGUCACUUGGAAAAAGUCAUGCAUCCUUUGGUUAUUUGAUAUUAGCUUAAUACAUUCUCAACAUAAUGUACCUACCUACAUAAUUGAGAGUUUUUAGAUUAUUGUAUCUCUAUUAAAUAUUUGCAUACUAUAAAUGUAUAUUUAUGGCAUGGCUACUGGGCCUUUCUGCCAUAUAGUGACAUUUUGUUUUAACUAGUGUUGCCAUAACAUUAAAUGGAAUUGUUGCAUAGUACUAUGAUUGAGAUAAUGUAUUAUUGCAAGAAGUUCUUUGUUUGUAGACUUAUUUUCAACCAUAUCACUUUUAUUUUUAUUAUUACUGAUACUAUUGUUAUUACUAAUAAUAACUUCCCAUAAAAAUAUUUUGUGUUCGUGUGUUGAGUUGGUAGUCGUCUUACAAAGUGUAUACGAAAAUAGUAUAAAUAUAGUAAAUGGCAACACUUGAAUAGUGUAAAAUGAUUAUAUUAUAUAUAGUCAUUUGAUAUUCCCAAAAAUGUAUGUACACAUCUUUGGCUUUAAUUAAAAUACAUUUUUAUUUGAAAAAUCACAGAAAAAUAAUUAAACUCAUUUUAUAUAUAAGUUAUUUGUAGACGCAAUCAUUUUGUCAACUAUUUUAUGCCCUUGUUAUUUAUGUUCCAGCAGCGUUUCACAUAUUUGAGAUGUAUUAUAAAGAAAUUCUUAUUUUUAAUCCUUAAUUGCAAAUAAUUAAGUUUCAAUUAUUGUUUUAAUAUAAAGCUGUUCUUUAGCAGUUGCAAUAAAUGAUAUAAAGUUAACUACAAAAAUUUACAGUCAGCACAUUCUAUGUGUAGUAUUUGCGUAUAAAAUUAAUAUGAAUCAAAAUACAAACUUAAUCGAUCAUGUAUAUUAUAUUUUUUCACUUUAACUUGUUCUACCAUCGUCAGUAAUAUAUGUUACUAAAGCACGGUCGCGGAGCAGGAUUUUUUUUAUUGCUUUGCAAUUUUAAACUUAAUUCCCAUCAUAAAAGUUUUAUUUCUAUUGCCACUAAAAUAGUUUUAGAACCUUUUGAAAGGUAUUUGUGAUUCGAAAACCGAGUUUAUUCUCAAGUUAUUAAAAUUCACAUUUGUAUGGAUAGCAAUAAUUUGAAAUUCUUCCUGCUCCGCGAUCACACCAUAGCAAGUUCCUUAGUUUUAGUAAAAAAAUCCAUUGACUCUAUUACGCUAACCCCUCCCCUAUAAAAAAGUGAAACAGUGGAUCUUCCAGGUCCUAAAUCUAUUUUCUUCCUCUCUCUUAAUUCUUUGUAAAACCUAUUUCCGCCCUCAACAUUUGUUGUAGAAUCGAUUUCCUCUUAGGCCAAAUUCAGUACUGCAAGCACUUAUUAUAUGAUAUCAUAAUAUGAUAGUUGUUAUCAUAUGCAAAAUUGACUUAAAGAGUAAGCAAAAUGUUUUUGACUUUUUAAGAAAAGAAGAAACCUGAAGUGUUAAAACUAGGGUUGCCAAUUUUGGAACAGAAUAAAUUUAAGGGUAUUUAUUACAUAACCUAAGGACAUUGUGACAAGAUUCAGAUACCUAUAAGAUAUAUGUCCGGUAAAAGCAUUUAAAAUUUGUAUGUUAAACUUUUGUUAAAUAUUCAAAUAAAUCUCGCGAAUAGGCUUCGCUAGAUUUUUUUUUGAUUUACCCGAAAAUGUACAAUUUCGGCAGUAAUUAUAAUGGUAUAAUUUGCAUUAGGAAACUGACUUAUUUUACAGUACUACAGUUGGCAACUACAGUUACAAUCACUAAAAAACGUCUUAAACAACUCUGUGUAAUCAUGUAGGGAGGAAGAAAUAAUGACAUUACGAGUAUAUACAAAGAGGAUGGUAUGGAUCAUGUUUGCUAUGCUGUAAAUACAGUAAAUACAAUUGUUGACAUAUUACACUGGUGCAUAGUUUUAACACGUUAAGUAAUGUAUUUUGUGAUAUAUAUACAUUAAUAUAUAUUAUAUAAUUUUAUUAGUGCGAGAAUAUCUUAUUCUUGUUAAAAUGACUUGCCAAUAAAGUGAAGAAUUCGGUUAUAUAUCAGGCUAAAGCUAUAAUAAAAUUGACUGAACCAAAUAAAACGCUUGACCAGCAGGGCUAAAAAAGUAUAUGUUGCCAUAGAAAUGUGUUUACACUUUUUUCUGACAAUUUCUAUAUAAUGUUUGCCUUUAAAUUAAUAUUAUUACCGUGAUAUUUUUUCUCUUUAAGUCGAGGUAGAGUGGCGGGUCGCAUUUGCGAUUAAUUUGUGAAUAAAAACGGACAAUAAUUGUCUUCUUUACAUAAUAUUUAUAUAUAUACAAAUAAAAAUAUAUAUUUUUAUACAAAUUAUACAUAUAUUGUAGACGUAUAUUAUAAUUACUUAUUGUAACUUAAAUGAAAAAGGAAUUAUUUUCCUUUUAUAGGACCAAUAUUUCUUAAUCUUGCAUUUAUUUGUAUUCAUUCCAAUGCAAUAUUUUAUACUCUUUUAGACGUUUUCACCUAUCAAUAUUUCAUUAUUGUUUUUUAAACCUAAACUUAAGUAGGUAAAGUUUCGGGAUAAAGAAAUAUCUAUUAUAUCUUUUCCCUGAUGUUUGAAGUCUUACAGUCUCACUUUGUUAAUAAUUUAAAAUUAAAAUUAUUUGUUACUUUUGUAUGUGGCGAUACUUUUAACACAAGCAAUCUUAGUGUGGAAAGAAAUAUUCUAAUUUUUAUUUUAAAAUAAUUUAUAGUCGUGAUGUCAUUCAUACAAUCUCUUAACAUUAUCUAGAAAUUAUAAUGUGUGAAUGAGAACUCCGGAAGCAACACACUUUCAAAUAAUCUGAACAAUUUUUUUUGUAUAAAUCAUCUUGUUAUAUUUUAAUAAAAUAUAUUUCUUACAUUAUAGGGUUGAAGAUCCUCAGAUCAAGAGAUUCUUGCUUUGUAAAUAAUUUUAAAGUAUGUACCUUUGUGGUUGCAGACCAUAUUUUAUCGUUUUAAGUUAAAAAUAUUUUAUUAACAUUUUUUGUUUAUGUUCACUAAAUGUCGCCCUUGUAAUGCAUAAUAUUAUACAAAAAUAAUAUUGCAGAGGCGGGAAAUAAUAUUCGACAAACAUUUUGACUCUGUAUGUUAUCUAUCAAUGAUCAGUUGCCAGCUAGCACGUAUUUUGUUCACAUAUUUAAAAAAAGCGAUAAAAAAAUUGCUUAUUAUAUUACACUUAUUGUUAGACGCAAUUGUUAAGCAUCAGUAGGUUAGGAAUAUCUUAUUUAUUCUUAUCUGUUGCAGAAAACGAAGAUAUUGUUGUCUAUGGCGACAGAUUUGUUUUAUUUUAAUAAAGUUAAAGUGUACAUCACAAAAAUACGGCAUGUUUGAGGCUAGAGCGGACAAAAUGUAAUUUAAAAUAAAAUGAUAUUGCCUGUAAAAAUUUAUGACAGAUAUAAAGUCCCGUUAAAUUAAAAUCAUAUUUUUUCAUGUAUAAUAUAUCAUUUUACUUUUAUCUAAUCUACUUAAGAAGACCACUGCAGGCAGUGAAAGCGACGUCCAUAUAAAUUACAAUAAUAAAAUAAAUUCUCCGCUGUAGCUUCCAACUGGGACCAAAGGCAACGAGAUCUUAUGUAUUGGAACAGUAUUACACGACCGAUGUUAUAGUGCCUUUGUAAUAUUUAAUAAAGUUAAGCUGUACAC